AUGAUAAGCCCUGAAUUUAGAACAACAGAAGCAAUAGACUAGCUAUCUGCCUAUAAAUAGCUCAUUAUUUCCAAUCAUGGGGAAUCACUUUGGCAAGAUUUAGAACCAGAAUUCAAUAGACUUGAGAAUAAUCGUAAAGAAAUGGUCAAUGCAUUUUAAUUUAGAACAGAUGCCAACCAGCUUAGAAAAUACAAAGAAUUAUUCCUAGAGAAUUACAGAGUUCAAAUCUAACUUGGAAAAUUCUUCGCUUUUGGCACUGAUAGAACCCAAGUGAAUUUGACAUUCAACUGGCAAGAUUCAUUUACUAGAUAAAAGAUUAAGUCUAAUUAACCAUUGAUCGAUGCUAUUUCAUCCUUAUAUAACUAUGGAGUUGCUUGCGCUAGAAUUGUAAGAUUGAUUCUAUUUGUUUAAUUAAUAAAGGCUUGCUAUAUGGAUUUGUCAGGGGAUGGAAUAAAAGAGGCAAUGAAAUAAUUUUAACAAGCUGGAUGGGUCUUUGAACAUUGCAGAACUCUAGUAUCUAAUCUAGGCCCCAAUGAAACUUCCCCAGAUUUUGCCUCCGAAACACUUGGCAUGCUAGCUAAUUUAAUGCUUGCUCAAGCAUAGUAUCUAUUCUACAAAAAAGCUACAGAUUCAUAAAUGAAACCCUAGAUUUAAGCUAAAAUUGCAAUGCAAGUAGGAGAUUACUUCAAAAAGUCAUAUGAAAUCGGAGCUACAAACGCUUCAGUGAAAAACUAUGACAAGGGUGUAUUCCUAAAGAUACAAUCAUACUAUUCCAUCUACUUCUUGGGAAUAAGUUAUCUAAUUAUUGGUAAGGAAGGAUAUAAACAAGUUGCUGAUGCAGGUUAAGGCAUAGGUAAAGCGAUUUCUGAUUUAAACGCUGCAAUCUCUACAUUCGAAGGUGUUAAGUCAAUCAUCUCUAGUCUUCCUUAAUCAUAUCAAGACAACUUUAAUAGCAAGCUCUCUGAAGCAAUAAAACUCAGAGAACAAGCGAAUAAUGACAAUAAAACAAUCUAUUUUGAAAAGGAGAUUCCUCUAGACAAGCUACCAAGGCCAGAUAGUCAAAAUCUUGUUAAGUAUGAGCCACCUUCAGAGGACAUUGAUUUGAAAAUUUCGCUUUAAGAUAAACUUAGAUUCAUAGUUCCACCUUAAAUCAGAGUCUACUAAGAAGAGCUGAGACAAUAGAUCUCUGAGAUCCUCAAUCAUGAAUACGAACUGGACAACAAUAAUGAAUAAACUCAAAAGUUCUUUAUGGAUCAGCAUCAUCUCCCAUAAGCUCUUUACUCAGUCAGUGCUCCAAAUGAAAUUCCUGAUUAAAUUUGGGAUAAAGUUGAGGAGUUUUAAAAGCGUGGAGGGAUAUAAACUGUUAUGGACUAAUUAGAGGGUAUUAAGGCUUUGAAGCAGAACAAUAUUAAACUCUUAGAUGACAUGAAGGUAAUCCUAGAUGAAGAAGAGGGAACUGAUUUCAAACUUAGACAACAAUAUGGAGAAAAGUGGAUUAGAACAGAGUCUGUAAAGAUUAAUGGACAUAUGAAAUUCUAAGUCAAUGAGUUCAAGAAUAAAGCUGAGAUAGCUGACAAGACAGAUGAAAAAAUUGAAACAAAAUUCAAAGCACAGAUUGCAGAUUUGGACAUACUAAAGUUCUCCAGACAAUAAUUAUCUCAGCAGAUACCAGGAGGAAGUAAUUAAGAUUAGAUCUAACAAAGUCAUGGCUAUUAAAGCCUUCAACUUAAUCUUUAAGAGCUAGAUAAACUCAAAGAAAGAAAGCAGAAAAUAUUCGAGGAAGCAAUACAGAAAUCCCAAAAUUUGAAUGUUAUAGAUGAUAUGACUCAGGUUCACUAAGGCCUUCAGGAAAAAGGCACUGUCUUUGAAAAGUAUAAGCAGGAAUUCAGACAAAUUUUCUCUCAAUUGGAAACGAUUGAGAAGCAAAGAAUGGAAUUAAAUCAGUAGAUUGAAGUCAAUAUGCAUGAAUUUAACCAAAUAAAAGCUCAAGGUAGUGGCUAGAACAGUGAGACUCAAGAUUUCUAUAGAAAGCUAGAUGGUUCCCUGCAAUAUGUUAAUGAGUUGAAUGGCAUGCUGGCAUAAGCAAAUAAUUUCCAUUCCUAACUAUGUGAACAUCUUAACAAAAUUUAUCAAGAUGUGAUGGACUUUAAAAUGUCUAGGGACCUUGAGAAAAAUGACAUGGUCUAGUAAAUAAAUAGUUCUUAAGUUAUGGGUAUGGGUGGGCCUGCUAUCUAAUAAAAUCUAAAUCAACCUCCAGUUUAGCAAUAGAUUUAAUAGCAACCACCAAUGAUGUAAUAGCAGUAACCAAACCAGCAGUAGCAAAUUCAAUAGUAACAUCAGCCUCUACAACAAUAGCAGUAACUUUAACCUUAGUAGCAUCAGCAAAUGGGCAAUCCUUAAAAUUAACACUAACCCUAGUAAUAAUAAAUGAAUCAGUAGCUUCCUCCUCCAAUGAAUUAAAUGCCAAACUAGAAUUUUAUGCAAUAAUAGCAGCAUUAGCCUUUAAACAACUCUUAAAUCUAGCCCUAGCAACAGCAAUAACACCAAUUUGGAAUGAAUCAGUAAUUGCCUCCACAAGGUCAAUAAAACUAGUUCAACCCUCCACAAGGGUAUAACUAACCUCCACAAGGAUUUAAUCAGCCACCACCAUAAUAAUUCUAUCAGCAGCCUCCAGGAUUCAUGCCACCACAAGGCUAUAUGCCACAAAAUCAAGGCAUGCCUCCUCCUUAUUAUAUGCCACCUCAAGGACACGCUCCUCCAGGGUACAGACCACCACUUGGACAGCAACCUCCUCCAGGCUAUUUCCCACCACCUCAAGGAAUGUAUCAAUAGCCUAUGUAUCAACCUAUUCCUGGCUAAUUCAUGCCCCAGCCAGGAUAAUUCAUGCCUCCAGGUCAGUUCCCGCCUCCCUAAGGUGGAUUCCCACCUGGCUAUCCUCCUCAAUAAUAGCCAUACGGAUAUCAACCUUACAAGUCUUGA